CCCGGAAGUGACAUGGCCGCCUCCUUAUUGGGACCCCGUCGCCUUUCUCCGGUUACUUGUAGGUUAAAUUAGUUUGUCUUUUUCCACUCAGAAGUUUGGUCCAUAUUCCCCGGGACAGCGCCCUGCGGAGCUCAGCAUGGGCACCGUCCAUGCCAGGAGUCUGGACCCUCUGCCCAUGCGGGGGCCAGAGCUGGGAGUUCAAGCCGACGACAUCGAUGUCCCAGAGAUUGAGCAGGAUCCAAAGCAGGAGGUUCUUGAGAACAAGGAUGUUGUAGUUCAGCGGGUACACAUAGACGGGCUCGGUCGAACCAAAGAGGAUGUGCUGUCUUAUGAAAUCGCAGAAGUUUUCCGGGCAAAGAAUCUGAUUGAAGUGAUGCGAAGCUCACACGAAGCCCGACAGAAGCUUCUGCGUCUUGGCAUCUUCAGGAAAGUUGAAGUUGUUAUCGACACGUCAAGAGGUGAGGAUGCUCUUCCUAACGGCCUCGACGUGACGUUUGAAGUCACCGAGCUCAGGCGGCUGACGGGCAGCUACAACACCAUGGUUGGAAACAAUGAAGGAAGCAUGGUGCUGGGCCUGAAGUUACCAAAUGUACUCGGUCGGGCAGAGAAAAUGACCUUCCAGUUCUCAUACGGCACCAAAGAGACCUCCUACGGCCUGUCCUUCUUCAAACCUCAACCAGGAUUCUUUGAACGCAACAUGUCCUUCAACUUGUACAAAGUCACCGGUCAGUUUCCUUGGAGCUCACUGAGGGAGACGGAUCGGGGCGUCUCUGCAGAGAUCAGCUUCCCAGUGUGGAAGACCAGCCAGACCUUAAAAUGGGAGGGAGUGUGGAGGGAACUGGGCUGUCUGGCUCGCACCGCCUCGUUCGCCGUCCGGGAGGAGAGCGGCCACUCCCUCAAGUCCUCACUCUCGCAUGCGAUGGUCAUCGACACCAGAAACUCCUCCAUCCUCCCCAGGAGAGGCGGCCUCUUAAAGAUCCAUCAGGAACUCGCUGGUUACACUGGCGGGGAUGCCAGUUUCCUGAAAGAGGACUUUGAGAUGCAGCUCAACAAAACACUCUUCUGGGACUCGGUGCUCUCUGCCUCCAUGUGGGGCGGUCUACUCCUCCCUAUAGGUGACAAGCCAACAAGCAUAGCAGACAGGUUCUAUCUGGGCGGCCCCACCAGUAUCAGGGGAUUCAGCAUGUACAGCAUGGGCCCACAGAGUGAAGGUAUGGCAGGUGACUACUUGGGAGGGGAGGCCUACUGGGCGGGAGGCCUCCACCUCUACACUCCUCUACCCUUCAGACCGGGCAGGGGGGGCUUUGGCGACCUCUUCAGGACACACUUCUUCCUCAACGCAGGAAACCUUUGUAACCUCAACUAUGGUGAGGGGCCACAAGCACAUCUAAAGAAGCUGGCAGAAUGCAUCCGCUGGUCGUACGGCCUGGGCAUUGUGCUGCGUUUGGGAAACAUUGCCAGGCUUGAGCUGAAUUACUGCAUUCCCAUGGGAGUCCAGAGUGGAGACAGGAUAUGUGACGGGGUCCAGUUUGGAGCAGGAAUCAGAUUUCUGUGAGGCAGCCUGUCCUGUUUUUUUGAGCUUCCUUGUCUUUAAACAUUCAUUUUAUGCCAGAUUCAUUUUAUUGGGAUGUACAGAUUUGUUGUUACAACUAAUUAGUUCAAUAAAAGUGUUUGCACUGAUGCUGA